GACAGUCCCCUCGAAACCUGCUCACACCCAUCACCAAUCCCUUCUCCAUUCCUUCCGAACAUCUCGUCGGCCACGGCAGGCCGUGGUCCGCAUUUCGAAUACCCAAGUCUUCUCUUUUUCCUUUUCGUCUUCGGUGGGCCAAGUUCCUGGCUGUGACCGACCUUUUCGAAUUAAAACUUCGUGCUUCGGAGCCAAGCUUGAUGAGGUGAGGAUCGUUUCAGGGCUCCGAGCUACUCAUCAGCACGGUGAAAUACGGUCACAUGGUGUCGCGGCUGGGUGGUAGUGCUAGGCAAGCCCCGGGACAGGCAUCAAGCGGCACAUUGGGAGCCUCUAGCGGAGCUGGGGACAUUCCAUACGAUCUUGAACCUUUUGUGGACUGGAUCCCAAGCACGUAUACCAUCGCUCCUGACGCUGGCCGGGGUCCCGUGACCGUGACCACACAGGAGCCUCGGCUCAAUUCCGAGGCCAUUGAAUCGGUCGUUUCAGACAUUGCUUCGUGUGCCCCGUCUGAGCGGGGAGCUUGUGCCGUCUCACAGGUCACGGCAGCAAUCGCGAGCGUGGCCUCGUCCGAAGCUCAGAUAAAUUCAAGUAGCACUAUCGCGACGCCCGCUCCAACCAGCGCUGCAUCACCAACUCAGACGGAUGAGCCCUCUAUCUUAAGUGCAAAAGCUACAUCGCCAUCACCAAGCGCGCCAUUGGUCCAGAGCACGCAGAGCAUGCAGAACAGUGGUGUCGUACCGUCCGACUCCAAACCACCGUCCAUUUUGCCGAGCUCAGUGCCAGGGCAGGUGACAAUGGCGACUGGCUCCAAUACGACCCCCAAUACUUCACCAACCUCCAUCUUCAAGUCUUCCACUUCAACCAUGGAGACUACCAGCAGCGUGAAUGGGUCUCAGUCUACAACGACGAGCUCCAGCCGCCAAGCGUCGUCGAGUGAUAAGGGGUUGAGCAGCGGAGCGCAGGCCGGCAUUGCAAUCAGCGUUGUUGGCGUCUUUGUCGUCACUGCAGGACUUCUUUACUUCUGUUGGCGGCAUCGAAGACGGCAAAAGUUUUUGAGCCAGAGCCACGACCCUCCGGUAAUCGACGAAGACUACAAUGAUUCUUCGUAUCGUCUCAAUCGCGGAAUGAAUGAAAUCGCUGCAUCUGGCGCUGGCGCCGGCCUGCAAAGACCACCGUUUCGAACUGUUCUCUCCACGGCAAGCGAACGUAGCAUUCAGAGGAAGCCGCCACCACUAUCGACAAAUGCCUCAAGCAUCUACCACAAUCCAUACGCACGACCUAUCAGUGUGUCCAGUCCGCCAGCAUUCAUCCCUCCCCACUUGAACCCUCAUCAACAACAAAGUGAAGCAGCCUAUGAAGCCCAAUCUAACAACACACACAAUUGGGACGCACCGCUUGCUCGUCUGUCUGUCGUGGAGCUUGAACGAGCCGAGCAGACGCGGCGGCCCGUGCGCGAACACUAUCAGUGGCUUACACCAUCACAUUCUCCCACUCCUGCCAAAUCCCCUUCAAGCAAUCGUCGAGAUAACAACGCUGUGCGUAGCUCGUCAUGGGAAUUCGUCGUGCAGCACGGCCCUGUCCCCUUGAGCACUCGCGGAAGCGAAUAUAAUCCACUCGCGCACCCUCGAUCGGCCGGUAACCUGGGAGACACAUCUCUACAACCUGCACCGCGACGCAAAGAAUCAAAGGCAAGCCUCUCAAGAGUGUACUCCGUCGACGGUCGGCCAGCCUCUUCGGCAUCUUUGAGAAACAAUAAGGUGCAAGGCGAAGAUCGGCUUGAUCAUCAACGGUCAGACUCGGCUCCUGAGUCAGGUCUCCGGUAUCCUGAUGUAUACAGCGAUCGCCGACCGACGUCCUUUGAAGGACCGGAUGCUUUGAUUGCCCGGCUCAAGGGUCGCGCAUCGACACCAUACGAGGCGACUAUGGACCAGCUUGCUUUUGAACAGACGGUAGCAUCUCCCAACGUGCACCGCGAUAGUGGCGUUGGCGGCCAAGACGCUACGGUAGCCAGGAGUCAGAACUCAGAAUAUGACGACGACGAAGACCGUGAGCAGAACGAUAGCCCUCUGACAAACAAGACAGAGUUUGUCCCAGCCGACCGGAUCAUAGCAUUCACCACGGCACCAGUUCCAAGCAUCCCGCGGCACUAUGAAGGUGGUGCCGGAACGUGGAGGUCUCCCCACGGGCUACAAUCGCAUCAACCUCAACCUUCAAUGCUUUCGCCGUCUAGCGGUAUGACUCAGCAAGCAGGUGUUCGCGAAACUGCCGCCGAGUGUCGUUCGAGCCGCCUUUGGGAGAAUCCCCAUCCACCCACUGCAACCUCUCCUGCGCCAGUCUCUGCACACCAUUCGUCCUGCGCCGACUCAUCAUCUUCAGACUCAGAAGACGCCGAGACUGCACAGAUCGGUCAGGCGAAGAAACGCCACAUCUCACCCUUUUCAUCAUCCUCUCACCACUCACACCAGCGUCACGGGACACAUGGCGAGUCAGCAAGCGGGGGUGCCUCAAUGGCUGCCUCUGCUUCACCAAUCAAGAUGCUUCGCCCAAACCUUUCAAGACAGACGACACCACAGACUCACCCGCCUUCGUCUCCUGAGAAACCCAUCAUCGUAACGGGUCCUGCGGGAAGAAAGAAGGCUAAAUCUCGCCCAGCCCUCGCCAAGAUAAACACGGGCACGGGGGAAAGGCGCCCACCGGCGGCUGGCAGAUCGAGGGAAGCAAUGAUGAGCGGGACGAGCCCAGCGCUCUUUGCAGCGUUUGCCAAGCUGCUCUCGCCUUCGCACCUGCAUCAUUCACCGACGCCGGCGACAAGAUUUUCGAUGUCGAGCAUCGAAUCAAUGGAGACGGAAGAUCACAUGGAGCCACAUGAUGACUACAAGAAUGACUCAGAAAAGAGCUCGUCCACGCUAUCUCUGCGAGCAUCGAUUGGACGCGCACACACAUGGCUAUCGCAAGGUGACGAGGGCGACGACUACUAGAUUUGCUUGCUUUUGUAAACGCAUCAUGAUUGAGAUCCACACAAGAGGAGAAGAGAAAU